AUGGAGACCUCAUUGGUGGGGGCGGGGGACGGCAUGUCUGAUUUGAAGAAAGCUCCCGCAAAGAGGCGGCGGCAUUGUAGCCCGAAGAUGCAUGAGCACGACCACCCCACGCAUGGAGCCGAUGAGAAACAGGAGACAAGGGGGCUGGGCAUGGCGGUGGAGGAGCCGUUGCUCAAAGGACCGCGGACGGAAGCCAAGAAACAUUCGAAUUUUGUGGAGCUUCGCCGUACACUGGUGGAUGCCGCUGCAGUGGCCGCUUUCAUUCAGGAGCACCACGAUACAAAGCUGCGGGAAGUAAAGCAGGUGAAUAGUUUUUUUCAGGCUCUUAGCAAAUGCACAGAAGACCUUUUUACCCUUCUUUGUCAACAACACAGGCACCAAGUACACCUCGCAUUGGAACGAAUGUUUGAGUUAUACGCGACGGGAAGGGUUAAAAUAUUACCCGCAGCACACGAGUUUAUGAUUCGUUGCGAACAGAAUGGCGUAAGAAGGAUGGAAUGGGCCGCUGGACUCGAAUCUGAAGUUCAUACGACGGAUUCUGCCGCUGUCUCUACAAACGUGAGUACUCCCACGGGCACUGAAGCAGUGCAGAAGCAAAAACAGCAGGUGCCACUGCCGCUGUUGUUGUCUCCUCGAGAGCUUUUGAAAAAACUUGCCGUUAUUGAUCCGCACGGGAGGCUGGAGCGAAUGAUAGAAAUGAGCUCCACCCUCGGCGACAUCCACACAUGUGCGCGGAGACUCUGCAAGGCAAUAGAGAGUGAGAAGGGAUUGGAGUAUGCGACAAAGUGUCAAUUGAUCAGCAAAAUUGCUUCAAAAGCCCGUCGGAUUUCUGCGACGGUAUUAAUUCCAGAGCCACCACAUCUCUCUAGCGAUGAUUUAGCGACACUGAGUGGCACGAUAGAUAUUCUGCUUUCUCUGACGCAGCGUGCCUUGGCAACGCGACCUUCCUUUACGUCGCAACAGCCAAUUUCGAAGUUGACACACUUUGCCAAGUGGUGCGAUGGAUAUGGACUUCUUGGAAAGAGCCAAGUUGAGUCCGUUGCGGCUCUUGAGGCGCAGGCGACGCGUGACUUGGGAUCACAGGCAACUCAACUGGAGACAGUGAUGAUGCUGAAAGCGCUUCCAUCUGGCGAUGAGGCGGCGUUAAGAACGGCUCUUGAUAACAUAUGGAAUGAAAAGGAGGGUCAUUUUGAGCCCUACAGUGCAGAUGUGUUGUCGUCUAUUGCGGUUUUGGCUGGUGCGCAUGGCAUUUCGGACGCGUUUCGGGCGCAAGUUGCGGGAAGACUGAUGAAGACGCAGCAAGAGCGGCUGAGUCAGAGCGGUGCUGAUCUUCCACGACGGGCGCUGAGAUUUGUGAACGCCGAACAAUCGAAGGAAAAGCAGGAGUCCAUCAAGCGAAUGCUUGCCGCCGAGGAGGAUAAGAGGAGGAAGGCACAGUGGAGGUAA